AUGGGUGAUGAGAUUCAGCCGCCAGCAGAUCAACUCGCCGCCGUCUCUUUGAGCAGUGAUGCAGCCUCGUCUUCGACCGUGAAAAAAGAGCGGUUUUCAGAUCGUGUCCUUGUUAAAUCUAUAUUAGGUCGACCCGACGGCGGAGCUGGACUUUCCGGCCAGAAAGUCCGAAUCUCCGGGCGGGUUAAAACUGGAAGGGAGCAAGGAAAAGGAACUUUCGCUUUCCUAGAGGUGAACGAUGGAUCCUGCCUAGUGAACCUUCAGGUUAUGGUGGACGCUUCUGUGUACGAUCUCUCCAAGCUGGUUCCUACGGGAACUUCUGUCGUCGUUGAUGGAUAUUUGAAGAUUCCGCCAGAAGGUAAACGUACGAAGCAGAAGAUUGAGCUUAGCGUGGAGAAGGUGGUUUUUGUGGGGACGGUGGAUAAGGAUUACCCGAUUCAUAAGACGGAUCUGAGUCUAAAGUAUUUGAGAGACUAUACUCAUCUUCGUUCAAGAACCAACUUGUUUGCAGCAGUUGAAAGUAUCCGAGAUGAGCUUGAAAAGGCGACACACGGCUUCUUUGGUGAAGAGGAUUUUCUAAAAAUCCGAACUCCUAUCAUCACAACGAGUGACUGCGAAGGUGCUGGUGAGAUGUUCCAAGUGACAACGUUGAUGAGCAAGCCUGUGUUGCCUGUUAAAGAUGGGAGAAUCGAUUAUUCCCAAGAUUUCUUCGGCCGUAAAGCUUUCUUGACAGUUUCUGGUCAGUUACAACUGGAAAUCUCUGCUUGUUCUCAUAGAAGUGCGUAUACAUUUGGCCCGACGUUCAGGGCAGAGAACUCUCACACCUCAAGGCAUCUUGCUGAGUUCUCGAUGGUUGAGGCUGAAUUAACAGAAGCUGAUCUUGAGGAUGAUAUGAACUGCGCAGAGGCAUAUGUGAAAUACAUGUGCGAGUGGUUGCUUGAAAAAUGUGACGAUGCGAUGGAGUUUAUGGCCAAGAACGCCGACGAGGGAUGCAUUGAGAGGCUAAAAAGUGUUGCCAUGACUCCGUUUGAGCGUGUUACAUACACCGAAGCAAUAGAGCUACUUGAGAAAGCUGUGUCUCAAGGGAAGGUAUUUGAGAACCAUGUGGAGUGGGGAAUCGACUUAGCAUCCGAGCAUGAAAGAUACUUGACAGAGGUUGUGUUUCAAAAGCCAGUUGUUGUCUAUAACUACCCCAAAGGAAUCAAAGCUUUCUACAUGAGAGUUAACGAUGAUGGAAAGACAGUCGCUGCCAUGGACGUUCUCGUUCCAAAGGUUGGAGAACUCAUUGGUGGAAGCCAAAGAGAAGAACGGUAUGAAGUCAUCAAGGAAAGGAUGGAGGAGAUGGGUCUACCAACGGAGCCAUACGAGUGGUACCUUGACUUGCGUCGUUUGGGGACAGUGAAACAUUCAGGAUUUGGACUUGGCUUUGAACGUAUGGUUCUCUUCGUCACAGGAAUGGAUAACAUCAGAGACGUUACUCCUUUCCCUCGUUAUCCUGGAAGAGCUGAUCUUUGA